AUGUCCAAAUUUCAAGGCCAAGCCAUUGCCAUCACUGGUGCGGCAUCCGGCAUAGGGCUGGCCGUGGCAAAACACCUUGCUUCUAUGGGUGCAAAGUUAUCAUUGACCGACUCUUCGCGGAACGCAUUGGAGGAAGCGGCCAAUUCGAUCGCUGCAGGGGUUGGUCAAGACCGGCUAUUUCACCACGUGGCUGAUGUCCGAGACGCAGCUGCGGUGCAUGUUUGGAUCGAGAAGACACUGAAGUAUCUUGUUGGCACCGAUGUGCAAAGCAGGUCGUCGUCACCCUCGAUUGUGGUUUUUGGCAGCACCUCGUCGCUCACAAGUGGUGCCAACGUAUCCGCAUACGCCACGAGCAAGCAUGCGGUUAUUGGUCUCACUCGUGCUGCUGCCAUGGACGCUGCACCGUACGGCAUCCGCGUGAAUGCGGUUUGUCCGUGA